CCGGAACAAGCGCGGCAUGCCGCGCUUGUUCCGGAUACCCCACAUGCUUCAUGUGUCCUCUCAUUUACUCCAUCCCACAGCGCGCUUAUCUCGUGCAUGCACAACGCUUAUCCGUAGACCAACCUCGUCCAACAUGUGUCCGAGGGGCGAGGGCUGAUAGCGGCGGGCUUUGUUAUAAGCACUGUGCUUCCCAGCACAGCACAGCACAACCCGUUCCAGUCCUCCACUUCUUCACCACCAGGAAUUGUGUACCGCGCUACCUCCCAGGAACUCCCGCGGUAACGUAACUUUCGCUUCAACGCUUCAAUCUCUUUCUUGACCGCCGUCUGUUCUGUGAGCUGUGACGAGAAACAAUUGGUCUUGCUUUUUGUCCGUUUGUUAGACGAUUUUCGAGACUUUUUUGCGCGAUUACAGUUUCUUUAUACGAGUUUAUCCCCAGUGUUAGUAACCACUACGACUUUCAUCAAUUCAGUGGACUUUUCUCUGCCUGUCUGUGUAAUUCAAUCUUCACGCCGUACUCCACCAUGCUCUGCUCUUCAGUCAAACUCCGUGCUUGCACAUUGCCUCGUCGUGUUCGUGUUCCUACCGGCAAUCACUUCGUGCGUUCCAUUGCUUCUCUGAAAAAAACUCCUCUGUAUCCGCUCCAUGUUGCGCGUGGAGCGAAAAUUGUGCCGUUCGCCGGUUUUGAAAUGCCUCUCCAGUACAAGGGCAUGUCAGUUGGCGAUUCACAUCGUUGGACUCGCCAACACGCCGGUCUUUUCGAUGUAAGCCACAUGGUCCAAUGGUUUGUUCGCGGCGAAAAUGCUACUGCGUUUUUGGAAAGCAUUACACCUUCCUCGCUGCAGGAAUUAAAGCCCAUGCAUUCGACAUUGAGUGUGUUCACCAACGAGACGGGCGGCAUCGUCGACGAUACAAUUAUCAGCAAACACGACGACAAAACGUACUAUAUUGUCACGAACGCAGCUUGUGCGGACAAGGACACCGAAAACUUGAGCAAGAACUUGAACAAAUGGACUAAGGGUGGUGUAACCAUUGACCGCAUUGAGGGUCGUGCUUUGAUCGCGUUGCAGGGUCCGGAGGCUGUCGCAGCGCUUGCCAAGCUGGCCGUCACGUUUGACUUCCCUUCGCUGAAGUUUGGUAAGUCGGCAUAUAUCGAUGUGUUAGGUGCCAAUUGUCUUGUGUCGCGUUCCGGAUACACCGGUGAAGAUGGAGUUGAAAUGUCGGUGCCUGCGGAUGAUUCCAUGAAAAUCGCUGAAACUCUCCUUGCCGAUAGCCGUGUACAACCCAUCGGUCUCGGUGCCCGUGACUCUCUUCGUCUCGAGGCCGGAAUGUGUUUGUAUGGCAACGAUAUCGACGACACUACGUCUCCAGUUGAGGGCUCUCUUUCAUGGGUUAUUGGCAAAAGACGUCGCUCCGAAGGCAAUUUUGUUGGCAGUAGUCGUAUCUUGAAAGAGCUUAUGGGAGGACCUAGUCGUCGUCGUGUCGGCUUUCUUGUUCAGGGUGCUCCUGCUCGUGAGGGUUCUGCCGUCGAAGUGGACGGAGUGAACGUGGGACGGGUUACCUCUGGCUGUCCUUCCCCUUCCCUGGGCAAGAACAUUGCCAUGGGCUACGUUCGCACUGGACUCCACAAGGUCGGUACCCGAGUCCACAUCAACGUUCGCAACAAGCUCCGUCCCGCUGAGGUGGUCAAGAUGCCUUUUGUGCAAACCCACUACCACAAGUAGAGGACUUAAUUUCUGUAACAUAAACGCUUGUCAGGCAAAUUCUGGACAAGCGUUCUUCUUUGCCUCGGUUUCGUUAAUGACUCAUAUUCAUCUUCGUUAAGCAUCCGAAAAGGGUGCCUAAAUGCCUCUACACCCCCUCCUCUUUUUUUUUUACUUAUGAAAGCACCGCUCAACCGGUAGCUCUGACACAGUUUUAAGGUGGUGCAUGAUUCGCCGUUAUAUACUUUGCCGACUGUCGAGGUUUUGUCGGUGGUACGAAGGAUAUCAUCUCAAGACCUGUUGUAUAGUAGCUGCAAACAACUACUAUGGAUGGGAAAAGCAGAUUUCUCAUUGAAGUGUUUCCAAGUCAGCUGCGAAUAACCCACGCCGACGACGUCGGCUUUUCCGACCUUUGAUUCUUACUACCCAAUGACCCAGCGGUGUUGCUUAAUGAACAAGCAACUUGUCUAGAUUGCCGUCUCACUUACUGGAGGUACCGCUGUUUCUCCUGUCGCUUAAACCCUCACUGCAAGCUUGUCAUUCCUUUCAGUUCUAAUUAAAUUUAAUUUUCAUGUUCUUCAUUCUUCUUUUUUUGCGCAUCCCCGGGUCAGGGCGCUCUUGUCGUCUCUGCCAGCACAUAAAUCUCUCAUAGCGUGAUGCUGUUUAAAUAGAAUGCAGAAUAAGCGGCGUCGGACGAUGCGGUGAACUACUCUGAUUCCGUCAAAAGCCACCGACUUUCCGUAAUAAAUGCGUAUUUCGUUUGAUACAAAAAUCAAUCUUUCGAUAUAUAUGAAUUAUCACGUAUACAAUCUCCUAGGGAUCACUAUUACCCCAUGUAUCGCGCUUGUACCCGAGGUUAUGCUGAUUUCUGCCAUUCUAACCGUGUUUUCUUCCAAUGAUGCACUAAAUUUAAGGUUAUCUAAUCUCAACCACGAGUGGAUAAUUUGACGAAAUACAUAAGAAGAAUGAGAAGCAGCGGCUCUGAAAUAGAUUUAACAAGACAGGAGGCUUCGCCCAUUUUUUGCUUAACGAAAUGUAGCGACAUUUCGAUUUUUCCGUGUGCCCAUACUCCAUAUUUCCAUAAUGAAACCUACCCAUGUCUUCGUAUUCUCCUGCUCGUUGUAUCUUCUCAAUCCAGAAUUUGCGAAAAUUUCCAGCUACUCACAGCUUCAUUAAACACAAUGCAGACGGAAAAAUGCGCAGCCGACAUUUUCCUCGGACAAGCGGCACAAAUUUGCAUCCUCGUAACCUCGUGUGUUUCGCUCGAGUAAUAUGCGAUUACUACUAGUCAACCUGACCCGACCGGCUUCCGUACUACACCAACCUUAAUAAUAAUCUGAUGUCAUACAUAUAAUCAUACGCAGUGCCGAACUGUCAGACCCUAGCCUUUACCAACAUCUAUGAGAGGGUUUUCGGUCUGCAAAAGCU